AUGAGAGCUUCCUUGAUCAGAUCCGCGGGGAAUGCCCUGAGGAAGGGGAGCGGAUCCCCCUCUUCUGCCCCCUCUGCUCGCAUAAUUCUAAGAUACUACGCCUCCCAGCCACCCCCGGAGCGGAAGGUCGCCAUUCUGGGGGCCGCCGGGGGGAUCGGGCAGCCGCUCUCGCUCCUCAUGAAGCUGAAUCCCCUUGUGUCCCGCCUCGCCCUCUACGAUAUUGCCGGCACCCCUGGAGUUGCCGCCGACGUCAGCCACAUUAACACGCGUGCUGAGGCGCGGUCCCUGUCGCUUCUUCCCGACUCCUGUCUUCUAUCUUCUGCUUUCAACCCUGGUGCUGUUCCUCCAUUGCGGGUCUGAUCCCCGUCCGUAAACAUUAACAGGUCUCUGGAUAUGCGUCAGAGGAGCAGCUAGGGCAGGCUUUGGAGGGUUCUGAUGUUGUUAUCAUCCCGGCCGGUGUGCCGAGGAAGCCCGGCAUGACCCGCGACGAUCUCUUUAACAUCAAUGCGGGGAUCGUGAAAUCCCUCUGCACUGCUAUCUCCAAGUAUUGCCCCGAUGUAAGUCCGGGAAACUUUUACGCGACCCACCCCUCCUAGAUUCUCGCUCACACACUCAUUGGUUGACCGUUUAUGGGUGAUUUCUACUGUGAGUCUUCAUUUACAGCGAUUUGAUGGUUAUCGUUUCCCUUUCCUCGAUUUUUCAGGCGAUUGUUAACAUGAUUAGCAAUCCCGUGAACUCUACAGUCCCCAUUGCAGCUGAAGUCUUCAAGAAGGCGGGGACGUACAACGAGAAGAAGCUCUUCGGUGUUACCACACUUGAUGUUCUGAGGGCCAAGACUUUCUAUGCUGCCAAAGCCGGACUUCCUGCUGCGGGUAUAGUUUCUUCGUCUGACAAAUUUAGUUUUGUCAUCUCUUUGUUGCUCUACGUAUACUAUCUAUUACUUAAUAGUUGCUUCUGACGUGCCACUGAAACUGAUUAUACUCUGUUUACUGUCUGUUUAUUUAUACUCAGAUGUCAAUGUUCCUGUCAUUGGAGGCCACGCUGGAAUAACCAUCCUUCCUCUAUUUUCACAGGUACAAGUCUUGCUGUGUAAAAGCCUGUUCCAACAGGCGUGGUUCGCAUUUCGCUUCAUUUAUUUUUACUAAGAAUUUUGAUAGUUAAAUGUUUUUUGAUCGGUAGGCAAUUUCCAGCAGCGAUUUUCAAUCACGUCAAGAGUCUCUGUCACAUGAAGACGUUAGGGCUCUUACAAAGCGAACACAGGAUGGAGGCACAGAAGUGGUGGAAGCAAAGGCUGGAAAGGGCUCUGCAACACUAUCCAUGACGUAAGUUUCUACAGAGAUUUUAUUUUGAUUAAUUCAUCCACCUGGUCUUUGAUUAUUUAAUUAGGGAUUUAUGAAAGAAGUUGCACGAUACCUUGCCAUUUAGUUGUCUCCAAUCUUAAUCGUUGCUUUCUAUGAACUUUUUUUUUCUGAUUUUCUAUUUUUCUGCUCCUUGAGAUAAUAGUAUGCUUGUUACUUAUUUGGAUUAGUGAAAAUAUGAGACGAUGUCUGUGGUUGUGUAAUGUACUAUACAUUGAAACCUUCAUCUCUUAAUAGGAAGCUUCUCUUACCAGCGUCACCUUUUUGUUUGCUCUCUUCUGGGUUUUUUUCACCUUCGGAUAAUGUUAGUCUAUUGUCAAAUGGAACUAACCUUAGAAGAUUUAUACCAAUGCAUUUGUGUAGUUAAUUGGUCACCUUGUCCACGGACAUUUCUGAUUCGUUAAUAAUUUUAUCAUUUGAUACUUUUUUCUUUUGAUCUAUUGCCUUAUUUUUCCUUGGAACUUAAAUUCUGUCUUGGUUUCUGACAGUGAGUAUUUCAAAUAGUAUUUUAUCACUUUUUGGGAUUAGCAGACUGAUCAGAUAAUUUGUAUGUUCCUAUUUCACUUGAUGUGGUUCAUGGAAGGUUCUAAUUUUUAUUUUGACUCACUUGCAAUUCGCACUUUCUUCAAGCUGACAUUCCUGCUUUUUUUUUCCACUCAGUCUUCGAUUCUAUUCCUGGAAGUUCAUCAUCAUCUUAAUGUCUUAUCAUAAAAUGGUAAUAAUUGAAAUCCUGCUCCAAUACUUACGACUGAAGCGGGAGUGCUUUACUUCCUGUUGGACCCUCAUUUGGGCAUACUGUAAGGCGUUGUUUAAAUGUGGGGGAUAUUUCUUUCGUUUUAAGGAACUAACUCUUGAAGUUUUAUGCCAGUGUUUUCCAUUAAUGACGUGUGAUCACGUCAUUGUUGAAAUCUUAAUCUGUUGUAUAGUAAUCUGAUGAUUAAAUAUGUGCAACGUUUUUUUAUAAUCUGUCUAAAUUAGGGAUAACAGUUUCUGUCCAUUUAUUUUUCUGGAAGUUUCACUGAAGCUUGUUCAUACUAUGGUGAAGCAUUCACUUGAUCAGUACUUUUUAAAUGACAGACAUCGGAUAGUCUAGAGCUUCAUAAUAAAACGUUUUCUUGAAUUUCAAGAUUUUUAAACAGGACCGAUGCUGAUUCGUGUGUUGAUGAUCCUUGUGUUAUGGUUUUGAUCUCACACAAGGAGAUGCUCUUUUAUUUUAUGAUUAUUUCUUGGUAUAUGAUGUAUGGUUUUCUGAUUUGUUUAUCUCAACAUGUCAUCGCAAAAUGUAAAGUCUAUAUGCUGAAGUAUCAGAUAUUAUUUUUUGUUGAAUAGCUUGAUCAAUGUCUUCUGUUUUUUGUCUCGCUUGCUUGAUUGGAUGGGAUUAGUACUUACGUUAGUGUAGAAAUGUUUCAGUUAUGGUGGAUCAAUUUUUGCGGAUGCAUGUCUGAAGGGCCUUAAUGGGGCGCCUGACAUCGUAGAAUGCUCUUUUGUGCAAUCGAGUAUCACCGAGCUUCCUUUCUUUGCCUCCAAGGUAUAUCAGUUCCUCUCUGUUUCUAAAUGCGACUUCUCGAUCCUAAUAGCAUCUGAUAUCCACAAUUUUUUCUGUAGUCCUGUUUUUGUUAUUUGAUGGGCUGCCUCAAUCUCUUUUAUUUAAACUUUGAAGAUGCGGCAAUCACUGCGAAAAAAUGAUCACUUACAGGAGUAAUGGCUUUAAAGUCCUUCAGGAUGAUCGGAAAAUCAGCUUGGACUAGUUACCAGGACAUGAACUAUUUGCUUUAUUGGAAUCAACUUCCACCAUACCCAUUACCAGGACAUGUCUAUCUACUCGCGCUCAUGUUCAUGGUCCAGAGGUAGAGCGCUUUCGCUUACUCAUUUCCAUGAAUGGCUUUCACUCUCGAUGCCCCACCGUUCAACCAAUAAAACCGGAGAAAAUGACUGUCAAUAGUAUUACCAAGCAACUUUACUGUGUGAUGCAAUCUCCUCUUCUGAUAUUCAAGAGGGGAGAACUUUGACUUCAGGGUCACCACACGUGGCUGAAAUUCGCUUCCUCCACCCUGCUUUGCGUGAAGGAGGCCUGCCUAUUAUCACGGUAAAGACGGAGGCCGCAGAAGAUUUUGGCGUGUUUCUUUGAGGGGUGGUUUGGAAUCCACCUACUCUUGUAGAUGGGCUCCAAGUCGUCUCCAGAUGACGGAUUUUGAUGGAAUGGAGCGUGUAUUAAAGUGAUGGCACAUUACUUCGCGAUUGAGCUAUCUCCAUGUUUGAAACUCUCUGUUAGUUUGACCAGCUGCGGAUGGUUUCUGGUCAUGGUAAGCAGAAGGGGGAUCUCCGGGCGAUGAGAAUGAAACACAUCGGCCAAAAAAAUUUGAUACUGGGAAAACUCUUUCUUCGAAUUUGUAGUCAGCUGAUGACACAGUUGAUCCAUGCUGUGUCUUUUCUCCAAAUCUGGGUCCCAAUAUUCUGUAUAAUCACUUUCAGUUUGAGAGAGCUUUUGAACAUAGGCUAAUAAUGUUCAGUCUUGGGAGUUGCAUAUAUAAGGCAUGGUCUUGAUUGUCUUGGAACCUCCUCUUCGAUAUUACUUCACUGAAAAUUGUCUUGCUGUGAUUUUUUUUUCUUAAUGACGGCCUUCUCAAUUGUUUUAUUUUUUCUCAAAUCGAAAGUUGUUAUGCUUUUUAUUUAGUGGGUAGUUUUCUAUGCCUGUCGAUUGUAAUUUGCCAGAGCCCUGAAAAUGGUGCUGUUUGUUUUCGCAGGUUAAGCUGGGCAGGAAUGGGAUUGACGAAGUUCAAGGACUGGGUACCCUGUCCGACUUUGAGAAGGAAGGCUUGGAAAAUUUGAAGGCUGAGCUCAAGUCCUCCAUAGAGAAGGGGAUCAAAUUCGCUAAUGAGAGUUAA